AUCAACGAACCAAUUCUUUCAAAAUCCUAUGAAUACUUGUUUGAUGACUUCAUAGAAUCAUCUGAAAAUUUUGAAGAAUUUACACAUAAGGUUACGCAAUGGCGACGGCUUCACCUGCUCUAAGCAAUAACAGUGCUGACACCACCUCAAUCACCGGCUCCGCCAGUCCCGCUGUUGUAAGAACCACCUCUACAACCACGACCCCAAUGGUCAUGAGUAAUUCGAGCAUCAAUACUUCCAAGAACCUCCGUGGCCUUAACAAACCCAAAUGCAUCAAGUGUGGCAAUGUCGCCCGUUCCAGGUGUCCGUACCAGGCAUGCAAAAGUUGCUGUGCAAAAGCUCAAAAUCCAUGCCAUAUACACGUGUUGAAGGGCAAUUCAACAUUUCCGGAUAAGACACCAUCCUCAAGCUCAUCUUUGGUUGAUCAGCAUGCAAAUGAGACAUCAUCGUCCGGGAAUGCACAUAGAGUCACCUCACUCCGGCAGCUGUCCAACAAUUUUGCUCAAUUCAACAAUUUGCAAACUCCAUCUCGUGCUAGAAAGCCACUGACAAGAAAGGAGGCUUCUCAAAUAAACGAGUGGAGGUUUUCAAAGUUAAAGGAAUACAAGGACAGGAACAUAGAAAUAGAAAAUGAAGCUUUUGAUAGAUAUUUGCAAAACAUUACUCUAUUGGAGGAGGUUUUUGCUGUAAAUUCCAAAUUAGAAGAGCCUAUAAAGCAUGAAUCCUCUAUGCCAAUCGAUGAUGAGAUAGAUGGAAAGAGCGAAAUGAUGGUAUCGAAAUUGAAAAUGAAGCUGAGAGCAGACCAAAUUAGAACUGAAAAUUUCCGAGAUAGAAUGAGGUUCAUCGUAAAUAAUGGUUUAAGAAAGCUCAAGAGUGAGACACCUACUGGCAACGAAGAAACUGAACUUGUUAAUAGGCCUAAAAAGGCAAGGUAUUCAAAUUUAGUCGAACUGAACAAAAAAUUGAGCAAUGCUCGAACAGUUGAAGAUCUGAAAUCUUGCCAGCUACUGAAAUCUCAGCUCUUCAAUCGGCAACAAUCUGAAAACAUGGAGACUCCUGAUCAACUGGAUGCCAAAUCUGAAAGUUCCCCAUCAAAAUGGUUUAGGACAGUUACAAUCAAUCAAGAAGCUCUUAGUCACAUUGAUGCACAGUUUACUUCUCUUGAGGAGAUUGAACAUCUCUAGUUUCAGCUAAUCAUUAACACUGCCGUAUCUCAGUUUACCGAUGCAGGUUUCGGAGUACGGACUGUCCAAAAUAGCCCAUUUGUUGCUUUGAAGGUGCCACACUUGGUUUGUACUGGAUUAUAGCAGGUAACAAUAUUCAGCUUUUAUUGUUUUGUAGGUAAUAACUUUUAGUCGACGGAAUAGCCUAGUUUGUUUCUGUUUGUAUGUUAUUGUUUGAUCUUAACCAACUUUUCAAACUUAAUCGUAUUUGUCUUUGGGGUCGAGGUCAGGUUUGCAUACAACUUACAAUCUGUAUACCUCACCUCUGGGUGAGAUAAACUGGGUUUGUUUCGUUUGAUUUGGUUGCGCUUAGUUAUACCAUUGUUUGGAAGUUUGAAGCCAACCUUUGGUUAUUAAAUAUAUUUUGACAUUUUUAAGUGA